AUGGUUAUAUUUUGCCAUUUUAAGAGGGGGGGGGCUUCAGCCCGAAAACUCCCCUCCUUUCCCCGUAGAUCCGCCCGUGUAUUGGUAUAUCUUUCCUAUUAUUUUCUUCUUCCCAUCAAUUUUCGUGCAGUUUCACUGAGGAUAUCCUCUUUACAAUUUUUUACAGAUCAAAGAGCGAUAUACAGGUAUAUUGUUUGUUAUUUGCCUGCCAACAUAAACAGAUUGAAUGCUUUUGAUUCUUGUGAUAAAACACACAGUCAAUAA